AUGCGUCUUAACCUCAUUAUUAUGACUUUAGGCAACGAAGAUAAUCGUCAUGCAUGUCAAACUGGUCAUCAAUUACGAGCAAUGGCUGGGACUAAAUUUGAGGUGUCAAAUGAAGCAUCGUUAUUUCAAUGUGAACAAAUGGAAGAUCAUAAACCAAUUAUAGUUCUAGGCACAAAGAAGAAAUGGUCUGAAUUUAAGAAAGAUCAUCCUGAUUGGGAUUUUGGUAACUCAAUUACACCAAAUCAAUUAUUCAAACUGCGUGGCAAAUUUCUCAAUGUAUGGAGUAAAAUUGGUCGACGUUUAUGUGAAAGGUAUGAUAUGACAUUUGUAACAGAAAACACUCCACAAGCGGCUCCGAAACCAUUUCAUUAUAUACUAUUACUUGAUGCAUCAGGAUCAAUGAAUGGAAAACCAUGGGAAAAUUUACUAGAAGGUGUUAAAGAGUUUAUUAAGAUCCGCACUGAUUCGAAUGCAGCAGAUCGUAUGACAAUUAUCGUAUUUGAUGAUAAUGCAAAAUAUGCUUAUUUUAAUGUUGACAUCAAAACAAUCGAUAUAAUUCAAAUAAAAUUUACAAAUGGUUUGACCGAUUUUGGCAAAGCCUUUGAUUUAGUAGUUAAAGCAAUACAAGACAUACAAACUCCAAAUUCGAUAUCUAGCUCUGCUAACAGCUUAGAUUUUACAAUUAUAUUUAUGAGUGAUGGACAAGCAGACUAUCCUGACGAGCAAUUGGAAACAUUAUUAACCAUGAAAACAAAAAUCCAUCAAUUUUGGACUGUUGCAUUUGGCUAUACACAAAUGGAUAUUUUAGAGGAAAUCAACCAAAAAAUGGGUGGUAGGUUCACAGAAUUAAAAGACUCAGCUGAUUUCGUUCAGAUUUAUGCAGAGAUCGCUCGAAAUUAA